AUGUAUUUCUCAGCCCGAGUAGUGUCGCUCCUGGGGACUUUGGUCCUCCUAGCGGUCCUCACACAGGCAUUCGAGCACACGCCGCUCGAGCUGGCGGUGCCUCGACUGCACGCCAUCAAACAGCGUCAUAAAUCCACCGGCGUCGCGGGACUAACGCCACGCUCAGUAGCGGGGGCAUCCUAUCCCGAGUACAACCUGUCCGUUCCCGUGGAUCAUUUCCACAACGAUUCGCGUUAUGCGCCACACACCGACGAGGAAUUUAACCUCCGGUACUGGUUCGACGCCAGUCACUACCGGAAAGGCGGACCGGUGAUUGUCAUCGCCGCAGGAGAAACCGAUGCCACCGAUCGCUUUCCCUUCCUGUCGCAGGGCAUCGUCACGCAGCUGGCCAAAGCGUACCACGGCAUCGGGGUCAUCCUCGAGCAUCGCUACUACGGCAGCAGCUUUCCCUUCGAACAGCUCGACACGGAGAACAUUCGCUUCUUGUCCACGGACCAGGCGCUGGCCGAUUAUGCCUAUUUCGCCGAACACGUGAAGUUCCCCGGUCUCGAGCAUGUCGAUCUCACGCCCAAGUCGACGCCGUGGCUGGCCUAUGGUGGGUCCUACGCCGGUGCCUUUGUCGCCUUCCUCCGCAAGCUCUACCCCGAGGUGUACUGGGGCGCUGUGUCCUCGUCAGGCGUGACGGCCGCAAUUAUCGACUACUGGAAGUACUACGAGCCGAUUCGCCAGUAUGCCCCGAAAGACUGCAUCCACGCGACGCAGGUCUUCAUCGACAUUGUCGAUCGGGUGCUGAUCGACAACGCGGACAACAAGACGUUGAACGCGCAGUUGAAGACGGCGAUCGGGGCCUCUGCCGACCUCGACGACUUCACAUUUGCCAGUUCCCUCUCGGCCGGGCUGGACGACUUCCAAGGUCGCAAUUGGGAUCCUUCGAUUGGCAGUCUCGGAUUCCGUCGGUACUGCGAUAACAUUACCAGCACGGACCGGCUGUACCCUGAGACCAAGAAGGUCGAGGAAUCGAUCAAAGAGAUCGUGGACGUGGCGGGCUACGACGCGCAGAACAAGACCUUCGUAACGCAGAUUCUCAACCACGUCGGCUUUCUCGACAAACUGGUCUUUUCAUACUCCGACCUGGCCUCAGGCGCCGACGCAGACACCGAUACUCAGACCUCUAAUAACAACUCCGCAGCCGCAAGCCCGCUCCCCAAAUCAUCCGGCACAAGCUGGAGCUACCAAGUCUGCACAGAGUGGGGAUACUUCACGACUGGCACGGGAGUCCCCGAAGACAUUCUCCCGCUAGUAUCCCGCGUCCUCGACAUCGAGAACUUAUCAAGUUUCUGCCCCUCGCAGUUCGGAAUCACCACACCCCCACAGGUCGAGAACAUUAACAAGCACGGCGGCUUCGACUUCUCAUACCCCCGCGUCGCCAUCAUCGACGGACUCGCUGACCCGUGGCGCGAUGCGACGCCGCACGCCGAUGGGACAGCAGACCGGGAAUCCACGGACGAAGAACCGUUCAUCCUGAUCGAUAUCCCGGCGGAGGACGUCUGGGAUGGGAUCCGGGGUGCGGUGCACCAUUGGGAUCAGAACGGGGUGCCUGGGAACCAGACGAGGGGUGGCAUUCCGCCGAAGGAGGUGGUCGAUGUGCAGAAGGAGGUGGUGCGGUUUGUGGGUGUAUGGUUGGAGAAGUGGAAGGAUAGUGGACGGGGGAAUGGCACGGUUGCGAACAGGCAGAGAAUUAUUGGACAUAGAUUUUGA